CUGGAAAAUCUGACUGACAGUGAGUUAAGGUGAAGCAACUAAUUAUUCUUAGAAGUCUUUUUGUUUUGGAGAUCUGUGCUGACAGUGAUUAAGGGACUGUUGGUCAUUGAAAAUGGAAGAAACAAGGAAGCUUUCCCCAAAGCUGAGUAAAAGCAAAGAGCCUGUGAAAACAGAAUGGGGAUCUCAGAGCGUGGUGUUCACCUAUUUCCAAGGGGACAUUAACAGAAUGGUAGAUGAACAUUUUUCUAGAGCUCUCAGCAAUGUCAAGAACCCCCAAGACCUGAGUACAACGCACAGGGUAGACAGCAUGUCUCCCCAUCAGUGGGAUUUCUCUUCGCAUUGCUACAAACCAUAUCCAUCAUCUUCUUCAACAAGCAUAGCAACUUCUGCUCUGAAUUUUUCUGCUGCUGGUGUGGUAGGCCCGUGCCAGCCAUCGCCCCUGCGGAGUCGUCCAGCUCAACCUGCAGAUUUAUGGCCCUUCCCUCCAGCUGGGACUCCCAGUGUCACUGGUUCAGUGUAUCCUCACACCCUCCCUGACCUGCAUGCAGCCGAUGAGCUGAUCUCUGACAGGAAAUACAGUUCUCUGCUUGGCCUUCUGCAACAGGAAAGGUGCUUAACAUCCAUGCAAGAAUGCACCAUGAAGCAACACUCAAGUUCUGCUUGUAUGACUGGACCUGCGAGGUUACAAAAUAUGAGUCAAAGUUCAGCUCCUGGGGGAGAGAGGAAAGGAAGCUUUUACCAAGGCUCAGAAAAUCCCAGUGUAAGCCAUGCCACUGCAGGUAUUCAGAUUCAUGAGAGAAGACGAGAUUUUUACUUCUAGCAACUGAAUGUUUCUACUUUAUUCUGAAAGAGAAAGUUAUUUCUGUGAACUUUUAUUAUUUGCAACUGUGAAUCAAGAAGAAAUGAACUGCAGCUCUCCUGUGUUUUUUCUCUCAGCUAGAAGAAUACAUGUACUAUUUACUGUUUGGGGAAUGACAAAAUAAUCCUUUUCUAUACAGUAAUUUCUAUACAAUAAUUUCUAAUGUUUGAGGUAUUAACCUGGGCAGUAUGUUUGUGGCCAUAUAUUGUCUAUUUAAGACUUUUCAUGUAGCCCUCUUGAAAGGACUCCUGCCCUUUUUAAUCUUUCUGUGUUUAUUAAUUUACCACCUCCUGAUAAGAAGUACAAUUCUUAUCAAUGCAGUUGAUAACCCAUAAAUGCAGGGAUGCAGUUAGCAUAAUUUCAAUGCUGCAACUUCUUAGCUUCAUUUGAUAUCUCCAUAUUGUUUAAAACAGUCUUAGGCCACUGGCAAGAGACUUCAACCACAGGCCAGCAAAGCACAUUAUUUAUGCUGCGAAAGUGCUGCAAUUUAUGACCAUACUUGCAAUUCCUAGGGAUACUCUUCAGAAGAUAUAUAAUAUACUUAUGCCUGAAGGCUCUGUUUUGUCUUCUCAUUAAUGUAUCAUCAUCCCCUAGAAAGCAGUGAAUUCAUAGUAGCUCUGAGAGGAAACCUUGAUUCUUAUUGGGUGCAAUUAAAAUACCAUUCAGCAAAAAUCUGCAGGUAGGAGUGUUCUAUUUUCCCAGCCUCUCUGCAGAUGUAAGAGAUUCCUUUUGUAAAUAAGCUCUGUGGGUUUAUCUUUUCCUUCUUCAUUGGUUAUGCAUUAAUAUAAUAUAAUAUAAUAGAGCAUGAUUAGCUAUCUCUGGCAGCUCUAUGUAAUUGCUGAAGGCAAUUUGACCUUUGAGAUGGCAGAGCUUGUGAUUUUUAUGGAACAAAUCCUGAACUGGUUUAUGUUUGUGACUGUUAUAUCAGAUAUCUCUGCUGGCACAGCUCCA